AUGGCCCUCCGCCCGGAAGAGCAGUGGCUACAGCGAGACACGCCUGAUCCCGUCUUCCAGGGCAUGGUUGCCCAGUUCAAUGACUUUGACAAGUCAUUGCAGGAGGUGAACUCCAGCUUGGAGACUUUUGUGCGUGAGCCUUGCACCGUUGCCGAGGAUUUGCUGGAUCUCAGCCGUGUCUGCUGGGACCCCUUCCGGAACCUGGAAUGGGAUGUCGAGAACGCCCUGCUCCAGAACCAGCUGGAGGUUCGGGAGCAGGAGCUUUGGAAUGAGAGGGAGCGCUUCUUCAAUGAGCAGCGACUCAUGGCAGAAGUGGAGGUUGAGAGGCCUCCCAAGAGAAGACAAAGCUUUUGCAGCACUCAAGCCCCCGACGACAAACAUGGCGACCAAGAGGUUGAGGAUGACGAGUGCGCACGCGAUGUGUCUCCCGCGCGGGAGGCGGGCUUUGAAAACUUUUUGGUCUGGGCGGCCAGCUGUCCGGAAAGCAUUUGCGUGGAUGAUGCCCAAGGCGAAGAGCAGCAUGUUGAUGAUGGGCAGGCCUUGGCCAAGCCAGAGGAUGCCGAGCAACGCAUGUGCACCGACGAGGGGAUGAUGUCAAUAUUUGCUGGUGAGUCGGAGUCCACCGGAUCAAAGAGUUCCUGCCAGCAACAUGGCCAAGGAGAAGACAGAGCUGAUGCAGCAUGCCAGACAGAUGGCGAGGACUGCACUGCUGUUGUUGACUCGCCGGAGAGUCAGAGCUCGGCCAUGGUGUGUUCCUACCCGAUGGCGCUCGAAAGCCUCGAGGUUGGCGGUGGGCUCGGUGGGGAAUGCGCUCCGCACGACCUCCUGGUGACAGAACUGUUGCCGUACCUGAACGUUGAGGAUCUGCUGAACUGGCGCUUGCUUUCGCGGCACACAAAAAGCCCCCAGGCCUUGAUAGAUCACGUGGCUGAGAUGGGCAGCAUGGAAAGGCCAGAAUCAGUUCUCGAUUUCGGGGAAAAGGUGAAGGCCAUGCGCAACCCGGAUACAUCCUUCGCGGCAGUCUUUGGAGGCAAUGUCGCGCAACAAAAGCUCUACGAUUGUCGGUGGUGGUGUUUUGCCUUGGCUUGCAAAAGAAGAACCCACUUUGCCGAAAGCCACGUUCAGCGGAUUGUCGGCAAGAACCUCCGAAGCUUGCUGUGGCACUGCCAGAGUGCGAAUGAUUCCAUUUCUGAGUCCGCCCGGCAGCUCCUGGUGUAUAGCUGCCAUGCCAGCUACGUUGCUGACGGCCUCCCCUUUGUGCAGCGAUUUAUUGCAAACUAUCUUUUAGACCUGAUGGAAAAUAUAGUGGAGUCCCACAUCUACGCCAAUCUGAAAGACAUCGGCCCGUGCCUUAAAGCUCUCGCGAUGGUACUGCGUUCGAUGAGCAAGCCUCAGCGUCAGAAGUGGGUGUCGCUUUUGGUCCAGCUGCUGACGGACUAUAAGCUCCCCAAAGAGAACGCCCAGGUGGCGAUUUGGCGUUUGAGAAUGCUCUGGAUGGCUGAUGACGAUCCAACUCGGACCUACGCAGAAUCUCAACACGAUCUCCGGACUGUGGCUGCGGCCUUCCCUUACAACAAGGAUCUGGCGGGUGAUAUUCGACUUCUCAUCCACUACAGCUGCCUGCGAGCUGCUUUGCCUCACGGGCGAGGCAUCCAUGAGCUGGCCACGGGUGUACAGAGCCUGUCUGAUGGUUUGGCCGAGCAGCUCAAGCUGGCACAGGAUCGCAUUCUGGUGACGGAGGGGUGCCGGCUGCGCGAAGCUGCGCAGAACAUCGCACGCCAAGACGCUCCACAUAGUGCGGUGGCGCGGUUCAACCGCAACAUGGAUUUCAACAUCACAGCUCCGCUAAAGGACCACUUGGCCAACAACGAAAAGUUGCGGAAGGAGCUGGAGAAGCGUGACAUGUGCUUGGCCGCGCUGAAGGACGCAUUAAAGCAGGUCGAGCUUUGUGAUGCCCAUGUGUUGCAAGAUGCAGAUCUCCGGCGGAAGCUGGCGAAGUCUGAGUUCCAAGCCUCCAAGGCUACUUUCGAGCGAAUCAAUCGAAGCGUCUUCGAGUGGCUAUACACGCUGGAAGAGCACAGGGACGACAUCUUGGAUUCCUGUCUUCAGACCUUGAAGCAUUUGCAGUACGACUUUCUGGCUUCUGCUGCCCACUCCAUCUCUGAUGUGCUGCCCGAGCGCAUGGCUUUCCGCCGCAUGACCGAGAUGAUGCCGGAGUGCCUGGAGGCCCAUGUACAGCAGGAGCUCCGUGACACUCAGGACCCGGAGCUGUCUCAGGAAGGCGGAGAGACCUUUGCCCUUCGCCUGGUGGAGCGACUGGCGCGGGAGGGCAAGGAGCGACCAGGUGCUGCUCCUGAGUCUGCCCCGAGCUCGCAGCCUGUAGACCCAUUGUCGCUGUCGUCGCUGCUGUCCCACGGCUUUGAGGAGGGGCCGGCUCGCCGUGCCCUGCGGCAAACGGGCAACGACACGCAGGCCGCCAUGGAUCUUCUCCUCGACAUCGAAGAUCAGGAGUUGGUUCGGCAGCCCGUCACGGCACAGCGCGCAGCGCUUGAGACUCCGACACCUGCCUGCCAUGCUGCGGGACCGACAGCCCUCGGCGUACGAGGAGGACUUGCGCGGACACGCGCCUGA